ACCAUCUCCGUUUCUCUGUGCGCGAAUUCCUGGCGCUGUCGUUUCUCCUUCUGCAUAUUUUCUUCUGAGAAAUAACUCCACAACACGCGUCUUCGGUAUCCUGGUUUAUUAGUCCAAUGGUUCAUUGUUGAGCUCCCGAUUCCCGCCGUUGUCGCGCAAUGUGGGAUUUGGAGCUGGAAAUAUCUCAUCUUCGCGUUCUCACAAUCGCCAUAAUGACAUCAUUUCCAGACCAGUUAUAAAAGACUGGGUGGAUUACUCAUCGACCUUCUUACCAAUCCUCCACAAUGGCUGCCCAGAUACCAACCACCGCACGCUCGUACUACUUUCCCGCGCUUGGAUCCUACACCAAUCUCACUUUACAGACUACGCCCCUCCCGGCUCUCAAGUCGACCUACGUUCUCGUCAAAAUCCACGCCGUGUCGCUCCAAUUCCGCGACCUCAUGAUCGCCUUGAACAGAUAUAGUCAUGGUAACCUACCAGAGAACCUCGUCCCAUGCUCCGACAUGGCUGGCGAGGUGGUCGCUGUUGGUUCUGACGUGACGCGCUGGGAGGUUGGCGAUAGGGUCUGCGCCAACUUUGCGACGGACCACUUGGACGGAGAUGUCAAUGCUGAGACUACCAAGUCGGCUCUUGGCGGAGGACAACAUGGUGUGUUAACAGAUUACAGGUCUUUCCCGGAUAAUUCUCUGGUCAAAAUCCCCGGGCACUUGUCCUUUGAAGAAGCUUCGACGCUGCCUUGCGCUGCGCUUACUGCGUACAACGCACUCAUGGGACCGAAGCCGGUCAAAGCAGGAGAUACCGUCCUCGUUCUCGGAACAGGUGGAGUGUCCAUCUUUGGCUUGCAAUUCGCCGUCGCUUCUGGUGCCAACGUGAUUGCUACGUCUUCUUCUGACGACAAGCUCGAAAUUGCAAAGAAACUUGGGGCCACGCACACCAUCAACUACAAUACGACGCCCGAUUGGGACAAGGGAAGGAGGGGUGUUGAUCAUAUUUUGGAGGUUGGUGGACCGGGGACAUUUGAAAAGUCCCUGGCGUCGGUACGCUACGCAGGAUACAUCCACAUCAUUGGUUCUGUAUCGAAGAAUGCCUCUACGUUGACGAGUGUCAUUGGGCCGUGUAUCGGGAAGGCCAUCAUCCUUCGCGGAAUUCGGGUUGGCUCUGUUGCACAGUUCGAGUCGAUGAACCGACUCCUUCGUGCUCGGCCCGAGCCGACGAGGCCGGCUGUAGAUAGGGUGUUUUCGUUUGAGGAGGCGGUGGAUGCGUAUGCGUAUUUGGAGAGUCAGAAGCAUGUUGGGAAGGUUGUUAUUAGGAGGAUCCCAGGGUACGGAUUCGCUCGUUGGGUUAUGGUAUUGAUGUGGAAUGGAGUGAACCCAGAGACUGAAUGA